GAGAGGGACGAGCACGAGCAGCUCAACUUUUAAUGUAUGCGAGCCGAGUCGAGCCAGUGUGGAGCCGCUUCUUCUUCUUUUCCUUCUCCUCCUUCUUCUUCUUCUUCUUCUUCUUCUUGUUCUCCUCUUGUGUGCAUAAAGACGACUCGCUUCCUCACCGGCUCGGUUCCUCAUCUGGCUUUUUGUUUGGCGCAAGGAGCGGGUUGUGUGUUUGUUUUUCGUGUGAAUUCUUCUUCUGCGACUCCAAUACAACACAUAACCGGCCUUGACUGAGUGAGUAAAGUGAGGGACUGCAUGGACCGGGCUGAACAUGAAGAGUCUUAAAGCCAAGUUCAGGAAAACUGAUGUCAAUGAGUGGAAUAAAAACGACGAGCGCCUGCUUGCUGCGGUGGAGCAUGGCGAGGCGGAGAAGUUGGCAUCACUUCUGGCCAAGAAAGGUGCCAGUGCUGUGAAGCUGGACAGCGAGGGCAAAUCAGCUCUUCAUGUCGCAGCUGCACGCGGUCAGACAGACUGCCUGUCCGUCAUCCUGACCCACGGAGCCGACCUGUCAGUCACUGAUGCUGCAGGUUUUAAUCCGUUACACUUGGCUGCCAAAAACAAUCACGCCGAGUGCUGUAAAAAGCUCAUUCAGAAUAAAUGUCCUGUUGAUGCUGUGGACAGCUCAGGAAAGACCGCCCUGCAUCAUGCUGCUGCCAGUGGGAACAUCCACACCGUCCAACUGCUGUGUGAACUCAAAGGUCCCAUCAACCUCAAAGAUGCAGAUGGACUCAGCCCCCUGCUGUUGUCAGCCAAACACUCUCAUGCUGAAGUGUGCAGUGCUUUGCUGGACUGUGGCGCUGAUAUCGACGCUUGUGACAACAGUGAAAGGACAGCCUUGAUGCUGGCCAGUGAGCUCAGCGCAGUGUCCGUCGUCGAAGUCUUGCUUCAGCGGGGAGCAAACAUGUCAGCGCUAGACUCACAAGGUCACGAUGUCAUGCACUACGCCAGGCUGUCGGGCAACUCGGAGUUAAAAACUGCGCUUGCAGCUGCUCUCAGCAGACAGCAGACUCCAGACGCAAAGUCUCCUCGAAGUCCUCAGCAUGAUCACGUAGCUAAGCUAAGUGAUGAACGGAUCACAACUCCCAAAAAACGAAAAGCACCUCCACCUCCUAUUAGUCCACAGCAGAGCUCUGGACCGUCCUCUCCCUCGCUUCUUACCUCCCCCGGGACCAUUGGUUCUGACACUCCCAAGAGAUUCAGCUACAAGGAGGUCGAGGUUCAAGGAACGACUCUGAGGCAGGAGGUUGAGAAGCUCCAUGAGGAGAGAAACAUGCUGCUGGAAACGAUCGAAGACCUGAAGCAGAUGGUGACUGGACCUGACCUGGAAACCAAGGUUGAACACAGUUAUACGGCAUCUGCAGCUCUCGUUUCUGUUCUGCAAGCCAAGAUUACAGCUCUUACUUUGGAGAACCAACAACUUUCAAGCAAACUUAAGAAAUAUCCGUCCCUCCAAGGAAACAACGAUCUGCAGGACACAAGCCGUCCGAACAGCAUGGCCUCCAACUCCUCCUUCCACUCCACCCAUGAUGAUUUUGAGUCACUGCCUCCAGUCCCUUCCACCAAAACCACAACGGAGAGGGACGACAGAUCAGUGGGUGUUUCUGUCGAACAAGAGGAUGAAGACAGUGAGGGGGGAAGAGGAGGCGGCAAAGAGGAGAUCAGACUGUUGAGACAAGCACUCGAGAGCGUUCAGAUAAAACUGCUGGAAACCAGGAAGGAAAACCACUCACUUCAGGCUCAGCUGAGACCUGAGAGAGGCAGAGAAGGAGAGGAGGAUGUGUGGGAGAAGCAGAGAGAGAAAGAGUUGAUGGAGAGUCUGGCAGAGCUGCAGGCGAAGCUGACAGACACACAGGAGAGAUACCAACAUGCAGUGGAGGAGGUAGAGGAACUGAGGGAACACAUGGGCAGAGAAGAAGGCGAGGUGAUCCACAGAGGAAUAGCAUCCACACUUGAACACGACUUAAAAGAGUUAAAAGCGCAGCUCGUCCAGUCAGGAUCUGCGCAAGAGAAGGCAACUCAGAGAAUCAGACAGCUGGAAGAGGCACUGAGGAGGACCGAGGAGGAAAAACUGAGCAUGAAGGAGGAAGAACGGAGGACUGGACAGAUUGAGGAGCUGUACAAGGACGCACAGGAGGAGAUCAGGGUGCUCCAGGAGGCACUGAGAGGAACAGUGCCUGUUGAAGCUGCAGCCAAAGACUUUGAAGAAAUGAAGGCUGAGCUAAACGAGGUCAUUGACGGGCUGCAACGCCGCUUGCUUGAACUCUCACACUCCUAUAGCGAAACCAAGAGUAAGCUAAACACCGCGCAGAAACAGUUGGAUGAGACCCAAGCUGAGAGUGCUGCACCGUCGUCUCCCUCUGUGGAGCAACAGCAGGUCCAGGUGCUCAGCAGGAGGGUGGAGGAGCUGCAGGCUCUGCUCGCCGACACAGAGAAGCAGUGCACAGCUGCCCAGACAGAGAUUUCAGUGCUGAAGCAGGAGGCAGAGGCUCAGGCACAGAGCUCCGUGGCCCUCUCUGAUCACACUCAGGUGAUGUCAUCGUUGGGAAAUGCCAUCAAGGAGUUGGAAAGCCAAUCAGAAACACUGAAAGAGGAGCUUCAGCAGAAGACUCUGCAGGUGGAGGCACUUCAGAACAGACUGGCGACAGAAAAAGCUUCAGCCCCAAAUGACUCUGUGUCCCGUCUGGAGCAUGAGACCGUGCGAGAGCAACUGGAGGGCGAGGUGAACCACCUGACCCAGCUCCUCCAGGGGGCCCUCCGGAAACAGGAUGAGAUGGCUCUGGAGGCUGCUGAGGCAUGGCAGAAGGCACGAGAUAAUGGUGCAGAGCGAGAAGCCCUGCAGGAGCUGCUGAUGUCAAGGGAGAAGGAGAACCAGACGUUGUCCUCCAGGCUGGCUGAGUCCCAGGAUGCAGUGUGUCAGCUCAAACAGCUGGUGGAGAACCAUGUGGCCUCCGAGAGAGAGAAAAACAAGAGGAUAGACGACCUGUCACGGGAAGUGGGAAAGCUGAAGGAUGCCUUAAACAGUCUGUCACAGCUCUCCUACAGCUCUGGCUCGCCCUCAAAGAGGCUGCAGCAGAACCAGCAGCUCGAGACGAUGCAACAGCAGAUCAAACAGCUACAGUACCAGCUAGCUGAGUCAAACAAGCAGCAUCAUGAGAUCGUAUCAGUCUACAGGAUGCACCUCCUCUAUGCUGUCCAGGGUCAGAUGGAUGAGGAUGUCCAGAAAGCCUUGAAGCAGAUCCUGAUGAUGUGCAAGAUGCCAAGUCAAGCCAAGGAGGCCUGUUGAGACUCACUGGGUCCGGUUUCCCUGAAGCAUGUUGUGACUGAAAUGAAGAUGAACUGCUGCUCUGGGACACAUUUGUCUCCACAGCCUUCAGUCCUUCAGUCCGACUUCACAGUUCACACUUCACGCUCGUGCCAGACAACAAGCCAGACCAAUGCAACGUGCCUCUCGGUAAACCUCCUGUAUCUUAAAUGUUUACAAUCAUUUCAGUAUGUUCAUCACCUGUACGUAUGUCAUUCUUACCCACUAUGAUCUGAAGGUCAUCGACUCAUUGAUGGGGGAUGUUUUUGGGAAGUUAGGAGUAGAAGUUGGUCAAUUAUGGUAACGUACCAGCCAAAAAAAUGUACAACACGUGUACGUCGACACUACACUGCAGUGCAGUCACCUUUUAAAAUCACAUGCAUUUUGCUGUUACAAAGACUCUGCUGGAAAUAAUAGUAUCUAUUUUAUGAUACAACAGUAUUAGUUUUAUUUUACCUGUCUAAAUGUUACAUGGUUUUUCCCGAUACCAUCUAAAUUAUUUGUUCCCAUCGUAACGAUGCACGCGACUUUGCUCAGCACCGGCCCCAAAUCACAUGGAAAUGUUUUUUGGCCGCAACUUCCUCUCGAUGAAAAGCACGACUCGUAUUUGUAUUGCUAUUUUCCUACUAGUGCGACGUUUUAUAAGCACGUAUUUUACAGAACUUUUAUUGUUCAGCCAUGUUUUCUAAGUCAUGUACACGUAAAUGAAGAGGUUUGACAGCUGUAGUUUUACGGCCUUGUCUUCUUUCAGUACACCAAUGCACUGUGUGAUCUAGUGACAUCUAAAUAAGUUGAUCGUUAUGUUACUGUUGUAUUGAUAUCUUACAGUUUACAGGUAAAAAAAUACCCAAGAGAUGGAUCAUUUGUAGGCAAGAUAUUUUUCUCUCUCUCUCUCUCUCUCUUUUUUUGUGUUUUCUUGUUUGGAAAGCAUGAUUUUUCGCUGAAAGCAAAAUGUUUAAAUUUUGCAUAAUGUAUUUUGUUCUCCCAUGUGUCAGGUGCCUGCACUUAGUUAUUUACAAUUUUUCAGAUCUGCAGCACUUACGGAGAACAGAUUAGCACUAAAUACCACAUAUGCUAAUUUCACCAGGCUUCCUUAAGUUCUUUUUGUUAUUUUUAUUUUUUUGUCUUUUAGUGUUGUGUUGUAGGUACAGACGUGUACUUUUGAGUGUUUGAGACUAUGUUUCUUUGAGCUUAACGGCUCAUGAACUGUUUUCACGCCACUCAUCUGCCUUAGUACUACACUUAAAGCCACACACCUUUAGUCGCAUCACCUUUUUACCUUACAACUAAUCAUAAAAUACACACAACCACUACUACCGUGUAAGCGGAGUGAGAUUAAAUGAACUUGGAUCAGACUGACUGAAGCGCCAACCGUCAUUUCUUUUAUUCAUGCCUUUAUCUCGCUGCUUCGACGAUAUCAAACAUCUUAGCCAUGACUGAAAUGUUUCAUACAAAGAAAGGGAAAAGGAAGAAGUCAAAAUUGUUUUGUAGUGACAUGAAAAAUGUUAUUCUUUGCCAAUUGCUCUUUGGGCCCACACUAAUAAAUUUCAAGAUUCUGCACCAUGA